GGCAAGUUAUGGUUAAAGACGUUAAGGAACAAAGCCAAUUGAAAGAUGUGUUCUCUUUCCGUGAAAGGGAAGCGGAAGAUAAUUUCUAUGAUGGGAUUCCGACGUAUACGAUGGCUCCAUCACAGAAAUUACGGUCAGCAAAAUCUACUCAAACCGCAGUUUCCAAGGUUACAGAGGCAAGUGUACUUUUAGGCAAAGCAGGAUUAGGUAAAGCAAAGGAUGUUUUGGAUACUCUUGGGAGUAGCAUGACUGAUCUGAGCAGCGGUGGAUUUACUUCUGGAGUGGCGACUAAAGGAAAUGAACUUGGAAUUAUAGCUUUUGAAGUAGCAAACACAAUUGUCAAAAGCUCAAAUCUCAUUGAAUCCCUUUCUAAAAGGAACAUCGAGCAUUUGAAAGAAAAUGUCCUUUAUUCUGAGGGUGUUCAAAAUCUAGUCUCCAAUGAUUUCAGUGAACUCCUCAGACUUGUUGCUGCUGAUAAGAGGCAGGAGCUGCAAGUUUUCUCAGGAGAAGUGGUUCGGUUUGGAAACCGAUCUAAAGAUUUUCAGUGGCAUAAUUUACAACGCUAUUUUGAUAGGUAG